AUGUCUUCAAAUAAAGAGAGAUCUCGCAUCACCUUCGACGAAGCUACGAAAGUAGUGAAACUUGACUCCAACAUAUACCGAGUCAACCUCCACGAAGAUUUCUCCAUUGGUGCAGUUCCCAAUGGCGGAUACACAUCCUCAUGCAUGCUCUCAGCAGCUCGCACCCACCUCUCCUCUCGAGAGCAAACCGACAUUUUAACAGCCCAUUUCGAGUACCUAAACCGCACAACGGCUGGUCUCGCAAUCAUCACGAUCGAAGACGUGAAAUUGGGAAAACAACUAUCCACACUCCAUCUCACGCUCUGGCAAGAUGGACUUCUGCCCAAAGCUCCGUGGAUUGAUGCAUCGACCUCACGACGUUCAGUCUUGGCAUAUGCUACACAAACCAACCUAGACACCGCAAUGGGAAUCAGCAUGCCCACUGGUUUUGAAGUUACAUCUGAAGAUACAUACCCCCCUCUACCGGAUUUCGAGGGGCUGAAAUCAAAGGGCGAGGAUGCGAAAUGGGAGAUCACGACCGUCCCGGAUAUUUAUCCGGGCCGGUCACUCAGGAAUUGGGCAUUUUAUAUCCCGAAAGGUGAACAAGUGAUCCCAGGGGUGUUGGACACUUGGAUGAGGAGGACGAACGGGGAGAUGAUUGGGACGGGUGAGCUAGCUUAUGUGGUUGAUUCCUUCCCAUAUAAUCUCCACAAAUUCCUCGCAUCGCCAGAAAUGCGGAAAUUCAUCGAGGAUUCGGAAAAGCCAAAACCGAAGACCGAGAAGAGAGGAGAGAAAGAGGCGGGGAGUGAUGAUCGCGCGACGUUGUGGUUUCCUACCGUGGUGUUGAAUUUGGAGGUGAAGAAGAAAUUGCCGGAGGAGGGGACGGAGUGGUUGGCUAUGAGAGUCACGAGUAAGCAGAUUAAAGAUGGGAGGUUUGAUUUGGAUGUUUUGAUUGGAGAUGCGGAGGGAGAAAUUGUGGCGUUGAGUCAUCAUGUUGCUAUGAUUUUGAGUAUGGGGAGGAAUACUAGGAAGCGGAAGGGUGAGAAAGCUGUGUUGUGA